AUGCCUUUCGCUUAUAAGAAGGUCCUGAUCAUUGGUGCCACCUCCGGCAUUGGACAGGCGCUGGCUACCAAACUCGUUCAGAAUGGAGCGCAGGUGAUCAUUUCGGGACGACGAAAGGACAACCUGGACUUAUUUGCACAGCGUCAUGGUACCGAUAAGGUUAAGACCAAGGUCUUCGAUAUUAUGCAAUUGGAACAGAUCCCUCAAUUCGCAUCCGAGAUAAUCGCUGAAAACCCGGACCUUGAUUGCGUUUUCGUCAACUCAGGAAUUCAGCGACCCUUUGACUUUUCGCAACCCGAAUCCGUGGAUCUGGAAAUUUUCGACCAGGAGCUGAUCACAAACUAUACCUCGGCCGUGCGUCUCGCAAAGGCUUUCAUUCCACACCUUCAAAAGCAAACUACCCAAACCGCUCUCGCAUUCACUACUUCCCAAAUGGCCCUUGUCCCAAUGAUGCGCUGUCCGAACUAUGGCGCUUCCAAGGCAGCAUUGCAUCAUUUCGUGCUCGCGCUGCGGACGCAGUUGCAGAGUGGUCCCGGUAAUGUGAAGGUUUUGGAGAUUUAUCCACCAGCUGUGCAGACUGAGUUGCACGAUGCCAAGCAUCAACCUGAUCUGAAAGAAGGCCAUCUUAUUGGAAUACCUCUUCAGGAGUUCAUUGACGAGGUCUGGACUCGGCUAUCGGAAGGGGAAGAUCAGAUUGCCGUUGGGUCGGCGAAGGACAUUUUCAAUCAGUUCGAGAUAAAGAGACAGGAGAUUUAUCAGCAGAUGACAGAGAUGUUGUCGGGCUUGAUUAAGCAGUUCCUGCGGUAG